AAGAGCGAAACUGGGAGGAAGCACUAUGCUGUGAGGGGACCCGCCGCCAUCUCAGGUCUCUCGGACUCGCCAGGGCCCCCUGGAGAGACGUCACGCUCGGGUUCUAUAAUCCUUAUGGGGGACCAACCUUGUGUAUCCGGGAGAUCCACGCUCCCAACUGGAGACACACGGGAAAUCAAGCCUCCAAAAAAGCGCUGCCUCCUAGCUCCACGAUGGGAUUAUCCAGAAGGAACCCCCAACGGAGGUAUUACCCCUCUCCCCUCCGCACCUCCUCCUGCAUCACCAAGCCUGAAGUUGCACCCUCUUCCUCCAGAGAAGUAGUAGAAUGUACUGCUCCCACCCCAAACCAGUCUUUGAGGGAUUGCAGUAUGACUCCAUUUCCUUGGUGCAUUCAUAAAAUAGUUCAUCUAGUGAAGACAAUGAAGAUUGUUGGAAAUGCUACGCUACGUUUUCUGAUAUCCUGCACUGGGAAGUUAUGAUUUUUUAAGUAUUAUGAUAUAAUCAGCAUAAUUUCACCUCCUGCAUUUGGAUGAUUUCUGGGACAUGACCAAGGUCAGGCUGUGUACCUCUAAGAUUGAAGGCUAUGGCUUGGAUCAUGGUGAACUCACCAAAGCAAAUAACUCCUGUGAGAUGGUCCUGAAGCAACAGAUCAGUGCUCUCCUUUGGUGACACCUAGUCAUUUCUGUAUAACCUUGACUUCCUAUAAAUCCAUUAUGGUUCCAAUAAAUUUUAUCUCUCAUUGCUG